AUGCCUGUAACACAAGUACCGUGGACAUCACCAGAGCAUGUAUCAGAGGUAUACGAUGGACCUCCGAGGAACAUCGAAUCCCUGAACAAUCUAAAAUUUGAUGAGAGGCUUCAACCUAAGCAAUACUCAAUUGCGGGGACACAUCCCGCAUCGAAAAUCCUUAUCACCGAUGUUCAAAUUAUAGAGGCAACUGGAAAGAAUCCGUAUCGUGGGGAUGUCCUCAUCGUCGGUGAACGAUUUGCACAUGUGGGCGAAGUACCGGGAAAGUCGGACUUGCUCAAGAACCCAAGGGUACGAGUGUUCUAUGGGCAUGGACGGACUUUGAUACCCGGCCUCGGAGAUGCCCACACGCAUCUUAGCUGGAAUGGCGGUGACCUUGGCCGAUUGGGCGAGCUGGGAGUCGAAGAGCACACUCUUUUGACCGCCAGGAGCGCACGUUGCUAUCUUGAUUCAGGUUAUACUAUGUGCUUCGGGGCAGCGUCCGCCAAGAAGCGUCUCGAUGUUGUUGUCCGCGAUGCCAUCAAUAUGGGUGACAUUCCGGGACCUCGGUAUCUUGCGAACAGUCAAGAAAUAGCUCGUCGAGAUGGAGACCUUGUGCCGGGUAUCACGGCAUAUGCCGAUGGGCCUGAAGAGAUGCGAUCAGUAGUACGUGAACAUGCUGAAUUGGGAGUGGAUCAAGUGAAACUGUCCAUGUCAGGAGAAUCGAUUACCGAAAUUAGAGACGCAGAGGACUGCUACUUCUCGAAUGAGGAAACGUGGGCAUGCGUCGAUGAGGCCCACAAGCAUGGCAUUCGAUUAUGCGCCCAUGCUCGGGCACGCGACUCUGUCCGACAAUGCAUUGAUCAUGGAGUGGAGGUUAUCUACCAUGCGUCAUAUAUCGACGAGGAAUCUAUGGAUCUGCUAGAGAAACAGAAAUCGCAACAUGUGGUAGCCCCCGCUUUGAACUGGCUGGUGGCAACUCUCUACGAAGCGAGCGCGUUUGGAUAUGCUACGGCAACAGCUGAAAAGGCAGGAUACAAGAAGGAACUCGAGGCUGCUAUUCGGGGACUCCGCGAGAUGCACAGCCGAGGAAUUGUAGUGCUACCGGGAGGCGACUACGGCUUUGCCUGGACCCCACAUGGCACAUACGCUCGAGAUCUUGAGCACUUUACGAAACUUCUUGGGUUUACGUCCCAUGAAGCCAUCAUUGCCGCAACCUAUGGCGUUGCAAAAUUGUUCAUGAGGUCGCAUGAGAUGGGCCAGAUCAAGCCAGGUAACUAUGCCGAUUGUGUGAUCGUCGAUGGGGACCCGUUGAAGGAUAUCACUAUACUACAAGAUCACAGUAAACUGGAGAUUAUCAUAAUCAAUGGCCGCGUGCAUAAAGCGGGUCGGAAGGAACUUCUCGUCCCCAGUACUUCUGGCGUUUAUGACAUCCAGCAGAUUUGCCAGGCGAUCGAAGAUGCUGAGAUUAAAGCCCCAAUGCAGAAAGCUUACUGA